UAACCUGCCCGGAUGUAGCGGGACCGAGGCGCUACCGCCAUCUUUGCCCGGAGAGCAGUGAGCUGAUCGUGGCUGAGCCCCCCCGCCAGACCCAUCGGUCUCCAUCCGCCCCGCGCAGCCCCCGCCGCCCUCACUCGCCGGACAUGGACGAUCGGGAGGACCUCGUCUAUCAGGCCAAGCUAGCCGAGCAAGCUGAGCGCUACGAUGAAAUGGUCGAAUCAAUGAAAAAAGUGGCUGGAAUGGAUGUGGAGUUGACAGUUGAAGAACGAAAUCUGCUGUCUGUUGCAUACAAAAAUGUGAUUGGAGCUAGAAGAGCUUCUUGGAGAAUAAUCAGCAGCAUUGAACAGAAAGAGGAAAACAAGGGUGGAGAAGACAAAUUAAAGAUGAUCCGGGAGUAUCGGCAAAUGGUUGAGACUGAAUUGAAACUAAUCUGUUGUGACAUCCUGGAUGUACUGGACAAACACCUCAUUCCAGCAGCCAACACUGGCGAAUCCAAGGUUUUCUAUUAUAAAAUGAAAGGGGACUACCACAGGUAUCUUGCUGAGUUUGCCACAGGAAAUGACAGAAAGGAAGCUGCUGAGAACAGCCUGGUGGCUUAUAAAGCUGCUAGUGAUAUCGCAAUGACAGAACUUCCUCCAACACAUCCUAUCCGCCUAGGUCUCGCCCUCAACUUCUCUGUUUUCUACUAUGAAAUUCUUAAUUCUCCUGACCGUGCCUGCAGGUUGGCAAAAGCAGCUUUUGAUGAUGCUAUCGCAGAACUGGAUACACUGAGUGAAGAAAGCUAUAAGGAUUCUACACUUAUCAUGCAGUUGUUACGUGAUAAUCUGACACUAUGGACUUCAGACAUGCAGGGUGAUGAUUCCUAAAGGAUUUCACCUGUUCAUUUUCUAAAUCCUACUUUGUGAAGAACAGAGUAAAGAAGCGCUGCAGGAUGUGGAAGAUGAGAACCAGUGAGACAUAAAGGCCAAUAAGAGACCCCCCCCAUCUCUGUCCCCUCUCAACUCUUCCUCCCCCCACCCUCCCCAGCCCCUCAGUGUCACUGGGAGCCCAUCCAAUCGAUUGUUUGCGGUGGCUCCCAGAAUUUAGGUUCCUGCCCUGUUGGUUUAAUUUUUUUUUUACACAAUUGAAAAUUUCUUUAAAGGCAAGAGUGAAUGUCUGUGGAUUUGACUGGUGCCAGUGUUCAGUUUCCUUAAGACACUAACCGGGACUGGCUGCAUAGAGGCUUUUUUUUUCUUCCUUGUGUCACUGUGGUCUUCUGUCAGGGGUCAAAGGUGACAUCUGGAAGCCGUUAGAAAUCCUAGAGGAGGCUCGUUGCACUGUGUAAAGGGUGCACAUGGUGGCAAUUUUUUUCUCUCCUUUUUUUUUUAUAAUUGUUUAAACAAUUUUAUACCAGUGUUUAAAAUUAAUUGGGCGUUUUGCUUGAAGUUACAGGUUGCAUUGAAACAGUUCUUUGUAAUGGUUUUGCUGUAAAAGAGAACAACACCAACAAACAGACAAACGGGAAAAAACCAAACUGUGCUGAGAUCUCGCUGCAACAGACAGUGCUGGUAGCAGUUCAGCAAUCCGUGGCUGCUCAUUCUUGCCUUCUCAUUUUCCCUCCAAGCAGGUUAGCAUUGAAGUUGACGUUUAAAAAAAAAAAAAAAAGCCUGCAUGUGUGUUCAAUAUUUUUCUCUCCCCUACCCCCCCCCCCUUCGCUAGCUCAACCUCUUUUGUUCAGUAUGUGUAACUUGAAGCUAAUUUGUACUACUGGAUAUCUGACUGGAGCCACAGAUACAGGAUCUGUAUUGUUCUUACUGAAACACAGCAUGGAAUUAACAUUAAACUUAAAUAAAACAACCCUAAAUUAAAAUGAUGCCAAAUACUACCGCUACUUUUCCCGGGUAGCUGUUUUAGCCAGAGAUGCAGGUAGAACAGGGAGCAGGGGGGGAAAGAAAGAGAGAGAUUUCAGGGAGAGCCGUUGCCAGGAACUUAGUUAGAAUGUCCCAAACGAGACUGUGCAGAUCUAAAUGAGUAGCUGUAUGUCACGCACAAACUUGGGCACUGGACCCAUCUCAGGCGGCUCGUCUGCUUAAAUGUUUCAACCCAAGGAAGUUCCAGUAAUGCAGAGAGGCAUACCCAGAAGACUGCUCAUUGGAGCUUGCAUUCAGGUUGAGCUAGAUCACACCCUUGAAAACCACCCUCUCUGAUUUCUACCAACUCUUUCUUUAAACGUUCUCAGCUGUAAGCAGUGUUUGGUCCCUUUUAGCCGUGUGCUGGCAAAACACUGCAGGGAUUGUGGGGAAAAUCCUACUUAACAACACCCCCCCCCCCAAAGUGUUUUCUUGUGUCGCUUCAGUCUUCUUUCCUGGUAAUUCUUCGCACCGUCCACCUUGUCUGAACUAUCUCCUUGCCUUUAAGUUUCCUCUGGGCUUUCCCCUUGAACUGAGCAGCGAGAGUGUUGGAUAAAUAAAAUGCUGUGUAAAGAUCGUGCA